AUGGCUUCAGAAAUUCAUCAAUUAACACCAGCAGGACAUAAAAUAGAAAUUGAUGAAUCUGAUAAUGAAUCUGAAAAUAAUUUUCUAUUAGAUGACUUAGAAUUUAAUGAAUAUGAUGAAGAGGAAUUGCCAAAUUAUGAAAAUGUUUGA